AUGAUGACCUCAUCUAGACCCCGCGCCGAUGUUGGUGGCAGCUUUGCGAGUCGACGCGGUCAUGCGAGCCAGCUGUCAAUUUCAGACCCCAGCCACCAUGUGACCGAGACCAUUGGAACCCUCUACGGCGACGAGGAGUACGACAGCGAUGGCCGACCCAUCAGCUACCUCGGACAGUCCUACACCGACCAGCUCAACAACAAGUUCGAAUCCGACCACUCCGACGACGAUCCUCGUAGGCAGAUGAUCCGUUCAGCGUCGGACAAGACGGGCUUGGGCAUGGCACAAAAUGGCUCCACGACUCUCAAACAUUCACAGACGUUGCCAACACGGUCGCCUAGCCAGCGAAGCAUGUCGUUUGAGAACGGUCCCAAAUCGCCGCCAAUCUCCUUACGAGAUGUUAAGAACGAGUCCUCCCAAUUUCCUCUAGGCAGCAUCGAGAACCCCAACGACAUCGCGCAGGAACUCAACAACUUGCAGGCCCUGCGGCGCAUGUCUAUGGAUGUCGGAAACAAUGCUGACCCUGAUAUGCUCCCCUUUUCCGGCUUGUCCCUAGUCGCCAUGCCUCCUAUCGCGCCAACGGGAGACGAUGACGAAAAUGAUCCCUCACGGCUACUCUGGGUCCCUGCGGCAGUCCAUCCCGAGCUGGCCCCGACGGAAUUCAAGACCUUCUUAGAGGAUCGUGUCAAGACUAUUCGGCGGCGAUCAGGCGACUCCGGUGACGGCGGUAUGGGCCGAAGCGAUUCUGGCGGCGGCCUGCGGAGAAAGAAGAGCAUGCUCUCACGACAAAUCGACAACUCUGGGGGAAGAGGCGCCGUUGGGUACGUGGACGGCGCCGAGAGACUCGGGCGCAAGAGCUCACUCAGAGACUAUUCAACUCCUGAGCUCAACCUGAACGAACUAGUCAAGGACCCUUCCAAAGUAGUGCGUGAGCUUUCCGAAGGUGCUCAACCGGAGGCUGGCGCCGAGGAUCUACCCAUCUUGCCUGUAGCUCCCGGCAUGGGACUGCGCAGGUCAACCCGAACAACCUACCGAAAGAACGGCAGUGUACGCUCAGAUCGGUUGCCAUUCUCCAAGCGGGUCGCCAAUCGACAUGCCCACACGGAUUCCUCUGACUCCGCGGAUACAGUCCCCCCUCUGCCAUCUGACGUGCCCGAAGUGCCACCGUUGCCUACGCAGCAAAGAGCGCAAUCAGAGCCAGUGUCAGAGAAUUUCUCGCGCCCCAAUCGCUCAGUCCGACGCCAGCACAAGUUCUCUCAAGAUCUGGGCACGACUUCUGACGGUGCUUCGUCCGAGAUCGAGGAACCUGUUUCUCCCCUGAGCACACGUCCUGAACAGCAACACCCAACGAGAACAUCUUCAGUUUCGGCUGAUGCCAACCCCCCGGUUCCUGCCAUUGUUGAGUCGCCAGCAACAGACGAGAGCGCGCAAAGGCAGCAAUUCCCCCAGAGGUCCUCAUCUUCACAGCAUGCCCCUUCACAGCCCCUUAUGGACGAGCCUCCCGCUCGUUCAAGCAAACGUCCGGGUUCAGCCAACUCUGCGCCAAGCCCGACAACACCUACGGCACCUCAACAACCACCACAGGUGCAGCAGCAGCCCAAGCAGCAGCAAACCAAUGCCCAUAAUCACACCUUGAACGACAUGGCUUCCCACCCAUCUGUCUUACCUGGCAGUGGCGCAAACCGAACCGAUACGUUGACGUUCAUUCCCACUCUACAGCCAGAGGAGAAGAAGCCAGAAGAAAAGAGGGUGGAAAAGAAACUGAGAAAGGAGAGAGACGAUGAUGCUUCGAGUGUAUCAUCGAGCAAAUCUUCUGGAGGCUGGUCAAAGUGGCUCAAGGGCGGUAGUGACGACAAGGACAAAAAGAAGAAGGAAGAGGAGAAGAGGAAAAAGCAGCAAGUCGCCGAGAAGGGACAGGACAAUGCCCGUUUGGAUGUUCUCCAGAGCUCAAUCGAGGGUGCGUCUUCCAAGGGAAGAGAAAGUAUCAUUGUGGACCGCGACAACGUCGACAACAAAUUGGCCGAAGAGCGAAAGAAGGAGAGCAAGAAGUCGGAAGCCAAGAAGGAGAAGGAGGGUGGUCUCUUCUCGGGCCUCUUUGGCGGUGGCAAGAAGAAGAGCGAAAAGGAGAGCAGCAGCAAGAAGAACCAACAUCUGCGGGUCUCGGAGGAGGUGCCGUACCGCCCGCUUAAGGCUGAUGUCGACUACCACUGGACCAGAUUCCCGUUGCUCGAGGAACGAGCGAUUUAUCGGAUGGCUCACAUUAAGCUCGCAAACCCGCGUCGCUCUCUGUUGAGUCAGGUUCUUCUCAGCAACUUCAUGUACAACUAUCUCGCCAUCGUUCAGGCCAUGCACCCACAGAUGCAGGUUCCUCAGUCGCCGCAGCAGAGACGUCUGGAAGAGGAGCGUCGCCGCAAAGAACAGGAAGAGCAGUAUUUGGCGCAGCAACAACAGCAGCAGCAGCAGCAAGAAGCGGGGGAGCAGGACUCGACGGGCCAGUACAACUUUGACUAUCAUCGGGGCGAAAACCAAUACGGUGACCAUCCUCAUGAUGAGGUGGACUACGUUGAUGACGCUCAAAUAUACGAGUACGACCAUGGCGGCGACGUGGAUAACGGACGCAGCAAUGGCUACCAAGGCCCUGACAGCUAUGACCCUCAGCCUGGCAAGCAGUAUUAUCAUGAUCAGUACGGGCGUGACGGCAGCGACGACGUAAGGCGCCGGGACGACCGCGAGGACAUGUGGUGA